ACGUCACGUGUUCACUGCAACAUGGCUGCCGCCAUAGAGUGUGGGGCUGAUUCAGAAAACAACAUGUCCCUAAAGAAAGCUGUUUGUGAAGCGUCUCCCCUCGCUCUGCGGAUAAUUGCUGAAUGUCCGGUAACAAAAGCGAGAGCGUGUGAUCUUACGCUGCCACAUUGUGUGGUCAGCACUCCAGUUUUCAUGCCUGUCGGUACCCAGGGUACUCUGAAAGGGAUCACUGUGGAUCAGCUGGAGGGUCUUGGAUGUCAGAUCUGUCUUGGAAACACAUAUCAUCUGGGAAUGAGACCGGUAGGCAAUACUUGACCGAUUCUGUUGUUCUUAUGUGUUAUUUGACCUGUAUAACUAUAUGUACGGUGGCCGAGAACUGCCACUGCUGCAAAUAUUUAACCGGUGUAUGAUUAUUGUUGGUCCCCGGCAGCUCACUCUUGUGUGACUGUUUUUAUUUACAUCCUUUUAUUUUCGCAGUAAGUAACUUUUUUUUAUUAUUAUUAUUUGCACCGGGGGUUGGUUCCUUUUUUUUUUUUCAUCAGUAACCUCUGUUGUGACUUUUUCUUUUUUUUUUCCAUUCAUUUUUUUAUUUGCAGUGGCAGUUCUCGGCCACCAUAUCUAUGAAUGUACAAUAACUUUCUAUCUUUACCAUCCAAUCUCCACUGCUCACAGGGACCUGAUCUAAUCGAGGAAGCCAAAGGUUUGCAUGGGUUUAUGAACUGGAAGAGAAACCUUUUGACUGUGAGUUUAUCUGUUUAAAAUCUAUGAAUUCAUGGGAUUGUAAUCUGUAUUCAAAAAAGUCCCAAGAGAUGAGAGACUAUAUGCUGUUUAAAUUUUGUGUGACCUCUGUUUUUAGGACAGUGGGGGGUUUCAGAUGGUGUCUCUCGUGGAGCUGUCGGAGGUCACUGAAGAGGGGGUCAAGUUCAAGUCCCCCUACGAUGGCAAAGAGAUCCUCCUUAGCCCUGAGAAAUCCAUCAGCAUACAGAACAGUCUUGGUCAGCAUGGAGUAAAAUACUAAAAAUCAGGAGUAAGACACAAAGACUCUGACUGUCUCUUUGCUUUUUUCUGUGAAUUUUCAGGGUCUGACAUCAUGAUGCAGCUGGAUGACGUGGUCAGUAGUACUGUGACAGGACCCCGUGUGGAGGAGGCAAUGCACAGAUCGAUUCGCUGGCUUGACCGCUGUAUAGCAGCCAAUAAAAAUCCAGACAAACAGAACCUUUUCGCCAUCAUCCAGGGAGGGCUGAAUGCAGAGCUGCGCAAGACCUGCUUAGAUGGUAAAAGGACAACCUCAGCUCUGUCUUUCUCCUUUUCCUGUCUCUACAUACCUGGCCUUAUGGCGUCUUUGUACAUCUUGUUAAAAGGACUAUCACAGGGCUUGCCAGUUACCAACCACCAUGCAGCUGCUUUAAACUCUCAUCACUUUAAUGAGUGAGAAUCUUUGCAGACAGACAGGUAGUGUGCGAAGUGUCAAAAGGGGACAAGGAAAGGAGAAACACAGCAAAUCUAUCCUCAGAGGUUGUAAAUACUGUGCACAGUUACAAGGACAAGAAAACAAGCUCAUACCGAGUCCAUUAGCUAACUUUUAACACUAAUAAAAGCUCAAACUUUUGUUUUUUUUUUAAAAUAUCCUACCCUCUUUCUGCAGAAAUGACUCAGCGUGAUGUUCCUGGUUUUGCCAUCGGCGGCCUGAGUGGAGGAGAAGAGAAAGAUGACUUCUGGCGGAUGGUUACACUGAGUACUGACCACCUUCCACGGGACAAGCCCCGUUACCUCAUGGGUGUGGGGUAUGUUUUCCUACAUACUGGAAAUAUUAAAUUGGAACUAAAGAGUUUUACAACCGCAGAUUAAUGUUGGUGUAAUCUGUUUGUGCUGCAGGUAUGCUGUGGACUUGGUGGUGUGUGUAGCUCUGGGAUGUGAUAUGUUUGACUGCGUAUUUCCUACUCGCACAGCUGUAAGCUUCCAUAACCUCAUUUACUUUUACAGAAGUUAUCAUUUCUCUCAGAAAUCUGACACCACUCUACCACUGUAACUAUAUUCCUUCCCCCUCAGCGAUUCGGUUCCGCUUUGGUGCCCUGGGGAUCUCUCCAGGUAAAACAUAAGCAGUAUGCAAAGGAUUUCCAGCCCAUAGACCCAGACUGCCAGUGUCCCACUUGCAAGAGGUAAGCCAGGAAGAAGUAGAAAGGGGGUCUGUAGGUUUUGCUAACAUGAUAUGUGAUAAAAAGUGACUGCAGCGCAAUAGUAGAGUUGUACUGUUCAUGCUAGGUUUGACCCAAGGUCCUUCUGUUCAUAUGCUGAAGUGUCCUCAAGCAAGUCACUUAAGCCCCUAAUGCCCCUAAAGGCCAGAGGCGUGUGAAUGGGUUUUGUUGAUACUGCUGGGUGCUCUACGUUUACCAUUUAUGAGGGGAUGGAUUUUCAAUUUUUCAGGACAGAUGUUGAGGAUUAGAAAGCUGAAAAUAUGUCCAAGAGGACCUCAUAUUUAAAUUUAUAUCCAGCUAGCAAUCACUUUGUGUCCUAAAGGAAAUAAGUGUUGUGAAUACUGCACUGUCACAUCCUCAAAUAUGACAGUCAGUAAAAUUUUUCGUGAUGAUGCACAUGUGUCUGUGCCUGCUGACUAAACAUUAUAUUGCGAAACCAAAUCCUGCAAACAAGGUUGUAAGUGUCAUGACUGUGUUUUGUUUCAGACAUAGUCGGGCUUACCUCCAUGCUCUUUUUAAGAGUGACACUGCAGCCAUGCAUCACGUCACCAUCCACAACAUUGCCUACCAGGUGAGUAUUGGAAAUAUCAGAAGUAAUCGCAGCAAAUUUCAGGUUUUCAUUAAGAGUUUUUAGUUGCACCCCUGAUAAACUCCCUUAUUUGAUAAAAAAUGGACUAUAUCCUGAAUAACCCCUUGUACAGUUAAAAAGGUGUAUCCUUACUUGCUCUUUCACAAAUGCAGCUCCUGUGAGAAGGUUAACCAAACCAUCAAUAUUUCUUUUUGUAAACAGUUGUUUAUAAUGUUAAAGACUGCAGAUAUGGGGUAGGUGAACUGAAUGGAUGCUGCAGGACUGCCUUUUCUAAACACUUUUCAAUGCAAAGACCUCUGGUGAAUGAUACAUUUGAGAGUUAGACUAAAGAGAGGUGAAAUUUUGCACAAGUAAGAAAGCGCACAUAUACUGUACAAACAGCAAAGAGAUAAAAGGUACCCCUUUGACCUCAGGAGGUGCCUCACUAAGAGAAACUAAAGGUCCUUUCAAUAUCUUUAAUAUGAGGUACACCACAGACAUAUUUGACUUGCAAAAAGUUGACGCUGAAUGGAGAUGAAAUUGGGUUCAUUUGAAUUUUAAUCCAAAGAUUUAAUUCCCCCAAACAUUAUUUUUCCUGCUUCUCUAAUCAAGAGGAGCAGAUAUUCAUGAAAGAAACCUUCAGAUUGAAUGUUAGAAUUAAAUUAGUCCUCUCUACAGAAAUGCCACAUAAAGAUAACAAUUCCAGCCUCAUGAUAGAUUCUGUUUCACUGACUGUCCUGCCGUAAAAUAAAUUGUAUGAAUGUUGUUGCAGUUAUCACAUUUAUGUCACAUGAUCCGGUCUAUAAGCUUGCCACAUUUAUUAAAUUCUUCUGCUCACUCUGUGCCUUAAAGCGGAAAGAAAACUUGCUUUGCUGCUCUGGCAUUAUCAGAACAAUAAAGGAACUUCUCUUGUGACAGAUUUGUCUGAAACAUUAUGCUCACGCUAACGGAGCAUGACAGAUAAUAUCCUAUUAUGCAACAUGUUGGUUUAAUUAUGUCUUUCCAUUUAGCUGCACAUGCUGAGGGAAGAGCGAGGAUUUUUUGCCUGUUGGUCAACGACUUACGUACACUCUAAAGAUGGGACAAGACGAAUAAAUCUAUCAUUACUAUAACUCUAUUUUUCCUUGAUCACCAAACAUUUCUCUUUACAGCUCACCCUGAUGCGCUCUGUUAGACAGAGCAUUGUGGAAGGCCGUUUUCCUGAGUUUAUACGGACAUUCAUGAAGCGGCUGUUUUCCUCUCGUGAACAGUACCCCAGCUGGGCUGUGGACGCUCUUGCCUCUGUCAACAUCACUUUGGAAUAGAGCUUGGAAGGCAUCUGCCUGCUCUAAACGGAGACAAUGUCAGAGACUGAAAGAUUUUAUAGCUUUUAAAUAUCCAGUUUAUUUUUUUUGUUUAAUGUACGACGGUUUUCUACACUUUUAUUCGUAUUGAGAGAAACAGCUUCGGACCCGGAGGUUUAAGCAAGAUUGUCUUUCGCAUCAACCUGCUUUUCCCACCCUCGGCGGAUUGUCCUCAGAGAAAACAUUAUGAUAAUGUGAGUCUGAAUGGGGUUCAAAUGAGGUUUGAAACACAUGAACUGUCUCCUCUGAUAUGCUCAGAGACUUUUUGUUGUUACCAUGACUACCCAACAAGGCCCACCCGUUUGAAAUGUUUGCCUUCCUGACAACCUCUUUGUAACAUUUUGUGCCUGAGAGCUCUUCAGGGAUUUGUUUCCCUUUUAAAGGCGCUCAAUUGAUACUGUUUUGUAUGCUGUUGCUCGAACUUUUGUAAAAAACAGACUCGAAAAUCCCUGCUAACUGUUUGAAGACACAGUAUAAAUGACACCAGCUCUCUACCGGUUGAGUGCUUGUUUGAUUGUGACCACAAGAGGGCAAAAUAGUCAAAACCAGAGUCAGACUGUAAAACUGGAUAAUACAUUAUGCUGCGUAAGUUUAAACCAUGGCUCAGCUCUCUCUCUUUAAAAUUGGUUACAUUCAGACUAAACAUUGGAUUUCAAAUGUCCAUAUCAAUAUAAUUCACAAAUAAAGUCAGCAUUCAUCUACAUAAAACCAAA